GGACGGCGUGCGCUGCCUCAACGCCCUCGUCCUGCUCAUCAUCCACAAGGCCAUGGCGCUCACCUUCCUGCCGCUGCUCAACCGCUCCGACAUGCUCCAGGUGCUCAGCGCGCCGUGGGCCGUCUUCGUGCGCACGGGCCCCAUCUACACCGACUCGUUCCUGCUGCUCAGCAGCCUGCUCACCGCCCGCCAGGUCACCCGGCGCCUCGACGCGGGCGGGCCGAUCUCCGUCCCCGAACUCCUCGCUUCCAGGACAUUCAGGAUCGCGCCCAACAUGGCGGCGACGGUGCUAUUCUACGCCUACUUGCUGCCCUCUCUCGGCUCAGGGCCGCAGUGGGGGCUCCUGGUGGAGGAGCAGGCGAAACUUUGCCGCAGCAAUAUGUGGAGACACUUUCUUUUCAUUCACAAUCUCUUUGGUUUCAAGGACAUUUGCCUCCCGCACACGCACCACCUGGCCAUUGACAUGCAGCUGUUUCUGCUGACGCUUGUCCUCGUGACGCUGGUCUGGCGCGCGCCUCGCCGCGGAGCGGCGCUGCUAGGGGCGCUGGCUGUCGCCUCCUCAGUGCUCCGAUUCUCCGUCGCGUGGCGCUAUGAGCUCAGCACAAUGAUUUAUUACGGCACCACGUGA